AUGCCAACAAAGGUUAAUCUCCGGGGAUCCGUUUCUAUUUACUCGUCUUCCUCCAUCCCCGCCCCCAACCCCACAGUGGGCUCCAGCUGCAGGGGGCCCCGGGGGACCAGGGGGCCCGGGCGCCCGGGAGAAGCGCGGCACCCCCGCGGGUGGGACUGGCCCCUGGCGCGGUCCCGGCCGCUGCCGCCAGCCUGGGUUGGGUCGCGAGUCUCCGGCGGCCGGGGCGGGGCGGGCGGCGUCCUGCUCUUCCGGCCGCGCUCUGACCUCCCCCUCUGGCGACAGUUGCGCGGGGCCCAGGCGUCGGCGGCGGCGUGGGGGCGGUGCUUGCCUCGGGCGUGGCUCUGCAGGGCCGGGCAGGGCUGCGGCAGGCACUACCGCGCCGCGCUGUGCGCCGAGUUGAAGCAGCCCCUGACCAUUGAGGAGGCGGUCUCCCGCCAUCUCCGGCCCCACGAGGUCAGAGUUGAUGUCCAUUUCUGUGGGGUUAACUUUGCUGAUAUUUUGGCCUGUCGUGAUCAGUAUCAGGAAAGGCCCCAACUUCCCUUCACACCUGGAAUGGAGUUUUCUGGGACAGUAUUGGAGACAGGCACAGAUGUCAGCACGGUGGAAGAGGGAGAUGGAGUUAUUGGCGUGAGUGGCUUUAAUGGUAUGGCUGAAGAAUGCAUCAUUGACCACAAGGCACUGUGGCAGAUUCCAGAAAGGGUCCCCCUCCGAGAAGCUGCUGCCCUGCCGGUAUCUUAUGGCACUGCUACUUUGGCCCUGGAGCGUCGGGCCCGUACCCAGCCUGGAGAAACUGUUUUAGUGACAGCAGCAGCUGGAGCCACAGGCCUUGCCGUGAUUGAAGUGGCAGCAAAUGUUCUUCAGGCCAAGCUAGACCCGCUGGGGUUCCGGAUUCCUGGAAAUGUGGAUCACGUUGCCAGUGAGUAUGGAGGGGCCAGUGUGAUGCUACAGCCGUGCAAGCUGGCGAUGCAGAGGGGUGCACAGUCCAUCGUGAGCUACGGUCAGGGCAGCCUGAAGGAAGCAGUAGGGAAGCUGGUGGGCAGUGGCGGGGUGAACGUGGUCAUUGAUACCGUGGAAGGAGAUAUCUUCCUGGAGGCUCUCCGCAGCCUGGCAUGGGAGGGCAGGAUUGUGGUGGUAGGUUUUGCUGGAGGAACCAUUGCUUCUGUGCUGGCCAAUCUUCUGCUCCUGAAGAAUAUCUCUGCCAUGGGGCUGUACUGGGGCCGAUACCAGGACCAGAACUUUCCCCUCUUCUCCAGAGGCCUGUCCUCAGCAAUUCAGUACUGCCAGGAAGGGUGCAUCCAGCCUUACAUUGGAGCGGUUUUUAAGCUGGAGGAAGUGAGACGCUCUUAA